ACUUGGAGAGGUGAGCGCGGCAGCCCGCUCAGCCGGUGUCUCAGGGACUGGGUUUGGAGUAGGAGCUGCGGUGUGCUCCGAGACUCCGACUUUCGUCUUGAGGCGCGCUCGCGUCCACGGGCCAUGCCUCACUGACCCAAAGCGGGCACUGCCCCGGCUCUGGGAGAGCGAGACGCCGCGCGCCGCCGGCCAUGGGCAGCUUCCAGCUGGAAGACUUUGCGGCGGGCUGGAUCGGUGGUGCAGCCAGCGUCAUCGUCGGCCACCCUCUGGACACAGUCAAGACUCGCCUGCAGGCCGGUGUCGGCUACAGGAAUACCCUCAGCUGCAUCCGCACAGUGUACAGGAGGGAGAGCGUGUUCGGCUUCUUCAAGGGCAUGUCCUUCCCCCUUGCCAGCAUUGCUGUCUACAACUCUGUGGUAUUUGGGGUCUUCAGUAACACGCAGCGGUUCCUCAGCCAGCACCGCUGCCAGGAGCCCGAGGCCAGUCCUCCCCGCACGCUGUCGGACCUGCUUCUGGCCAGCAUAGUGGCCGGCGUGGUCUCUGUCGGUGUGGGCGGGCCCGUGGACCUCAUCAAGAUCCGACUGCAGUUGCAGACACAACCAUUUCGUGACGCCAACCUCGGUUUGAAGUCCAGUGCAGUCGCUCUUGGGGAGCAGCCAGUGUACCAGGGGCCCGUGCACUGCAUUGCAACCAUCGUGAGGAAUGAGGGCCUGGUGGGGCUGUACCGGGGGGCCAGUGCCAUGCUGCUGAGGGACGUCCCGGGCUAUUGCCUCUACUUCAUCCCCUACGUGUUCCUGAGUGAGUGGAUCACACCCGAGGCCUGUGCAGGCCCCAGCCCCUGUGCCGUGUGGCUGGCAGGCGGUGUGGCAGGAGCAAUUUCUUGGGGGACAGCGACUCCUAUGGAUGUUGUGAAAAGUCGACUUCAAGCUGAUGGGGUUGAUUUAAACAAAUAUAAAGGUGUCCUGGACUGUAUCACCCAGAGUUACCAGAAGGAAGGUCUUAAAGUGUUUUUCAGAGGCAUCACUGUGAACGCGGUGCGGGGCUUCCCCAUGAGUGCAGCCAUGUUCCUUGGGUAUGAGCUGUCACUGCAGGCUAUCCGCGGGGACCACGCCGUGACGAGCCCAUGAGCGCCAGGUCUUUGCUCAGGCUGGUCCCUCUGCCUGACAUCCUCUUCUCGCUCCUUCCCUGCUUGUUCUUGGUUUCACCAGCUCUUUGUCACCCAGGCUGUAGAAGUCUCCUCCUCCAGGAUGCCGGCUUGCUUUCUCAGCUGGGGGCUUUGUUCCAUUAACAGGUCAAUGCAAAAGUGUCUGCAGAACCCAUGGUGCGAAUUUACUGAAGAGAAAGAUGGACUUCCUGCCAGGUGGGCUUUCAGCCAAGCACGCUGUCCUCAGAACCCCUUCCUCCUUCCUUC